CGCAGGGCUCCAGACGCCGCCUGCGGUGCAGAAGGAAUCUCAGGUUCCCUGGCAGCGGAGAGAAGCGAAAGUGCGCGUUCCCGACCUUCCGGACCCCCGGCCAGGACCAGCCUUCCCCGGAGCAUCCCCGCCGCAGAGCAGAGCGCAGCCUCGCAGGAGCUGAGCGCAGAGCCCCGGCAGCAGAGAGAGACCGAGACCGAGAGCGAGAGCGAACGAGCGAGAGAGCCAUGGCCAAGAACACGGCGAUCGGCAUCGACCUGGGCACCACCUACUCGUGCGUGGGCGUGUUCCAGCACGGCAAGGUGGAGAUCAUCGCCAACGACCAGGGCAACCGCACGACCCCCAGCUACGUGGCCUUCACCGACACCGAGCGGCUGAUCGGCGACGCGGCCAAGAACCAGGUGGCGCUGAACCCGCAGAACACCGUGUUCGACGCGAAGCGGCUGAUCGGCCGCAAGUUCGGCGACGCGGUGGUGCAGUCGGACAUGAAGCACUGGCCCUUCCAGGUGGUGAACGACGGCGGCAAGCCCAAGGUGCAGGUGAGCUACAAGGGCGAGAGCCGGGCCUUCUACCCCGAGGAGAUCUCGUCGAUGGUGCUGACGAAGAUGAAGGAGAUCGCCGAGGCGUACCUGGGCCACCCGGUGACCAACGCGGUGAUCACGGUGCCCGCCUACUUCAACGACUCGCAGCGGCAGGCCACCAAGGACGCGGGCGUGAUCGCGGGUCUGAACGUGCUGCGCAUCAUCAACGAGCCCACGGCGGCCGCCAUCGCCUACGGGCUGGACCGGUCGGGCAAGGGCGAGCGCAACGU